UCAGCCGUUAAAAAAUAUCAGAGAAUUAUCCUAGGUCAGCAAACUAACUCAGUACCAACGGCCACGCCAUGGGUGUAACUACCGUGUUUUUGAAUAUAUAACCUUCACAAAGACGCGACCUGGGCAUACAAUAUACAACGUUAGGAGAGAGAUGUCCGGUGUUUCCAGCAUCUGCAGACCGGAGCCUUAGACCGGUCCGUCUGUCUGCUUGCCUCCCUCCGCUGGGCUUUGGAGACCCGCAAACACAAAAAACGUUAACACUAGCUAUUGUAGUCCCGGCCAGGCUGGGGCUGAAUGGUUAGCCGGGGAAGGAGAGACGUCGACACACACCACCAGACAGAACCUGAAGGCUGCCCUGCCGAGACCCAGGAAAUUACUCCUCGCCUCGUCUCGACAGCCUGGUAGCAACACAGUGCACAUUUCAGUAACGAUAGUUCCAAAAAAAACAUAAUUCAAGGACUUGGGCAUGUGAACCCAAACACCUAAGACAUGUGAGUCUCGACCUUUCUGUCCCAGAUCUUCUUUACCCUGAGUAGAAGUUGAAGUUUGACAAUGUCGAGCCGCCGGAAAUCGACCACACCUUGCAUGGUGCUGCCCACUGAUGUGGUGGAGCAGGAAGAGGUGGAGGAGAAAACCGAGAGGACAAAGGAGGAGGAAGAGGAGGAGGAAGGGAAGAAGAAGGAGGGAGCAGAGGAGUUGGGUCAGGCAGUAGUGGUUGUCCCCACCCCUCCAGAUACCGAUGAGCCCAAUCUCUCUGCUGUAGAAGACAGCGAAGUCCUCGCUCCCUCACUAAAGCUCAGCUCUACAAACCCUCCUGAGGAUCCAAGCAGCGAACAGCCGCCCCAGGAACAACAGUAUGAUACACCCGAGGAGGGAGAAGCAGACCCUGCCACGGUUGCUGCCAUUUCCCUCAGCAAGACCCCCAUCAUGAGGAUGAAGACCAAAUCUGAACCCAAGAGGAUCGCCGUGUCCCUGAAAUCAACAGACAAAGCGGUUGAUGGUUUUGGAAGGGGUGGUGAGGGAGAGGUGGGAGGAGAUCAGGAGCCCAUUGAAGCUCCUCUCGGGCCUAUGACGCCCGUGGAGAUGCUGCUGCACGACUCCAUGAAGCUCGGGGGAGGGGGCUUGCUGGUCAGCCCAUACUCAGAGCAGCAGAGAAAAUCAGCAACUUUAAACCCCACAGUUCUGCCUGCUGGCCUGGCACAGGUGCUUUCUGCUUUCCAGGCCCAGCAGAGUGCAGCAGCAGCUCAGCCUCAGCUGCUAAUUCCCCUCAGCAGCAUCCCAUCCUACAGUGCAGCUAUGGACACCAACCCCCUGCUGGGCAGCACAUACAAGAAGUUUCCUUACCCCUCCAUGGCCGAGAUCAACAGCCUGGCAGCACAUACACAGUUCACAGAGGAGCAGAUCAAGGUGUGGUUCUCAGCCCAGCGGCUGAAGCACGGUGUGAGCUGGACUCCAGAGGAAGUGGAGGAGGCCAGGAGGAAACAGUUUAAUGGCACGGUGCACACGGUGCCUCAGACCAUCACUGUCAUACCUGCUCACCAGCUCUCAGCAGCUGCCAACGGCCUGCAGUCCAUUCUUCAGACCUGCCAGAUAGUGGGCCAGCCCGGCCUGGUAUUCACACAGGUUGGCCCAGGAGGGCACCUUCCAGUGACCAGUCCCAUCACUCUGACAGUGGCAGGGCUGCCCAGCCAGUCCCAGAGCUCCAGCAGAGUUUCCUGCCAGCCCACCCCAUCAAACAGUGAGCUGAAACGGGCUACUACUGUUCAGCCUCCCUCUCUUUCUCCACAGGAAAACUCUGCCCUCAGUGCUGACACAUUCAGUUUGCGGCCGAAGAAGUCCAAAGAGCAGCUGGCAGAGCUGAAAGCCAGCUACCUGAAAAACCACUUUGUCACUGAUACAGAAAUAUCCCGGCUGAUGAAGCUCACCAACCUCACAAAGGGAGAGAUCAAGAAAUGGUUCAGUGACACCAGGUACAACCAGCGCAACUCCAAGAACAGCAAUGUCAUAGUUUUCCCUGACGGAGGGGGCAGAGGAAGUGGCAACUGUGGUAGCAGUGCUGGCCCCACCAUUAUUAUUGACUCAAGCGAUGAGACCCCCACAUCUCCCCAUUGUCCGCGCACCCCUCCUGUGAAGGAGAAGGAGACACGGCCCAAAACAUGGAAUCCGUUCCCAGAUUUCACCCUGCAGAAGUUUAAGGAGAAGACUCCAGAGCAGCUGGUGGUGCUGGAGGAAAGUUUCAAGAAGAGCGGCACCCCAUCAGAUGAAGAACUGAGCCGUCUGAGAACAGAGACUAAACUGACGCGGAGGGAGAUUGAUGCCUGGUUCACUGAGAGACGAAAGAUGCCGUCUGUCAGUACUUCCCCCCCGGGUUCUUCAGAGGGAGGAAAGAUGGAGGUAGACGGAGGAAAAGCAGGAGAAGGAGCCACUUCUUCUUCUCCUUCUGCUUCCUCGUCUCGUAAAGGUAGCCAAACUCCUCCUGGCGGUCGGAGCAACAAAGACGUGAAAGAUAAGAGUAAAAAGACUCCGGAGCAGCUCCAUAUUUUAAAAAGUGCCUUCGUGCGGACCCAGUGGCCCACACCAGAGGAGUACGCCCAGCUGGCAGAACAGAGCGGCCUCCCUCGGUCCUACAUCGUCAGCUGGUUUGGGGACUCUCGGUACUCGUGGAAGAACAGUAACCUGAAAUGGUUCUUCCAGUACCAAAGUGGCAACGUCGAAGGGCCAAGCAGCGGUGGAAGCAAUAAAAUGGGAAGCAGCAGCAGCGCCAGUCGAAAAAGACGAAGCCGAAAUCGUGGUUGGGGGCGGUCCCGAACCAGAAAGCAGCCAAGAAGAUCUGCCUCCUGCAGUGCAGAUGUGGAUAGAUCUCCCCCGUCAAAGAAAUUCAAGAGCGGGAGGGAGAUUCUGAGGGAGUACUACAUGAAGCACCGCUUUCUCAAUGAGCAAGACCUGGAUGAGCUUGUCACCAAGACCAACAUGAGCUACGAACAGGUGAGGGAGUGGUUCGCCGAGGUCCAGCGGCGUUUGGAGACGGGGUCGGAUCCCUUCCUGGAAGCGGCGGCGGCGGCAGGAAGGACAGACGGCGGCAAAACAGGAGAGGGAGGGGAGACCCAGGGAGAGGCGUCAACCGUCACCGCGGAGCAGCCCGGCAUGGGGGUGGGAGACGAGGAUGAUGAUGAUGAUGAUGAAGGCGAUGAGGACGACAACGCCGACGACACAGACGACAGUGAGGUUUGGGAGCCGUCGCGCAGCGUCAGGAAAUCCUUGUCAGUCUCCGAAGACUAAUGAUUGUGGAAAGCAAACAACACAGAAUGUUACAAGAGAAAUAUAGUUUUAUGAUCAAUGGAAGACAGUUAACUCAACCAAGUCUUUUUGCCACUGAUUAGCGAAUGUACUCAACAUGAAUUCACUGUAUUUUGAAACUAUUUCUGAUUACACGAGACUAACAGAUGGACUAUUAGCUUUAGCUCACUCUCUCAAUGCUUACCUUUAUUAACUGUAAGUCAUGUGUAACAGUUUAGAGUUUAGAGUCAUGGUAAAGAAAGAAUUUUUAGCAAACUCUGGCACAGCAAACUUUGAACAUCAAGUGCAAUCUUCAAGCUGAAGAAGAAAACUGUUGAGUUGAAAUAGUUACCCAAAAAAAGACUGUGUCCAGACACAUCCGUACAAUGGAUUUCAAUUGAUGCGUACUGACUGUUGUAGAGUUCUAAUGUCAGCCAUCCCCCCCCCCCCCUUGUGAAAUUAGCCAAUCUUUGUUUGCUCAAAUGAAACCAGUAAGGAAGUUGUAUUUACAGGUGUGUGCUGCAUAUCCUUGAGAAGGAACCUGGAGCCCGUUCAAUCUUCAAUGUUAUGAACGUUUCACCCCUGGUACCAAACUUAACCCCGAAAUUCCACCAACUGCGGAACGGCUGCGGAUUGGCUCCGCUGCGUGUCGGCUCCGUGCUCUGCCGUCCUUCACUACCCACCAGGUCCGGAUUUGUUGCGGAUCCGCAGACAUUCUGCAGCCGGUGGAAAUUGGGUGUAACAGCGCACACAGAAAAAAAGUGUGUUUACACAGGUGCUUAAAAACGUAUCACAGCUAGAUGUCACUGCUGAGCAAUGUCCCCAAUGAAACGAACAAACAUCUAUUUGUGGAACUGGUUGAAUUUUCCCUGGUACAGUACAUAUUUGUUUUAGAAGAUCAUCGCAAGAACCGGACAAUCAGCAGAUUAUUUGAGCCAACAUGGAUUGAUAAUGACUCUGAAAGUCUGGCAUUUAUAUCUCUUAGACAUAAAUCGCUAGAACGAUAAGAGAAAGUACCUUACUGCCGAAUGAAUGCCAAUGCCGUGAUGGUUUUAAACACAGGAUGUCUACCCAAGUCUUCCCUUUACAGCAGCUUGUCGUUUCAUUAGUAUUACUAGUAUUAUAGAUUUUUAACUGAACACAUACAGAUCUGAUGGAAAAUGCCACAGUAUGUGUUUAGUAUGCACUGCUAAUGUUACAUUCUUCAAAUGUAAAAUUUUAAACAUAUUUUUCAACUUUUGAUAGAACACAUCCUGUGCUAUUGUGACCUUUUUAAAGGCGGAUUGAGACAGUAUGACACUGUUGUCCCAAAGUUGAAUGUGUUGUCUCCUGAGCGGUGAUCUGUUUGAGGCCGAUGCACCAUUUGUUAACCAACCAAUGGCCACUGUGAGGCAGACAUCUAGGUCCCCUGAAGUAAUAAUAGUAACGGAAAUAUUUUGCUGCAGUGUUUCAUUAGAAUUUACUUUUCUGAUGGGUUGAAGGGAUGGACUGAAUUUUAAGAUGGUGGAAAUUUUACCCAAAACAUAAGCACCAGCUGCAUCUCCAGUGAAAAUGUAGUGUAAGUCUACCCACAAGAUAUCACCCCCCAAAUCACCCCCGACACCUUGCCUUUGAGUUUGGGCUCAUCCGCUCAUGUCAAAAGCAAGACCUGUGAAUCAAUCUGGGUCUUCUUGACCCUUACUUAAAAAAAAAAAAAAAAGACUGUUAAACAGUAUUUCAAAAAAUAAUUAGAUUUCAGUCUGCACUGAAGAGACAAACGUGAAGCACCUAAACUAAACUUUUUAAAAAAUGCACUUUGUCCACUAGUGUACAUAGUGGACUAAAUCCUGAUUUGGCACCUUAAUCUCUUAUUAUACUAUGGAAUGGCUCUGAGAGACCAAAUCGUUUUUUUAUGAAUACAAACUGAACCAGUAUUUUGCCUUUUUUAUCCUCUGUGUGUUUUCAGGAGGAGAAAUCAAUAUAUCCACUUUUUUAAUAAUAUGUGUCGUUUCAUAGUUGGAUGUUUAUUGUAAGGCUCAAACACUUACUAGAACGAUCACCCAGCGCUUUCCUACGCUAAAUUGCACAAGAGCCCCAUUUCUAAGCUUUUCUCCUUUUUUGAAAAUGCACACGUGUUAUAUUUGUUGUUAUGUUUUGUACUGGUGCUUUAACCCAUGGGAAUUGUCUUCUAUCUCUUCUUUCUCUGCUCCCACAUUCCCCCUGUCUGACUCUUUACCCUUCUCCUCCAGUCAACUUUUGUAAAAUGAAUGCCUAGACUCAUGAUGUGCACUUCCCAAGACAUGUUUCUGUAAAUGUUAGCAGUGUCCUGUUGGUUCUGUCUCUUUCAAUUGUCUACAACACAGACGGACCGAGAGACAGACAGACAGGGGCUAAAGGGACAUCUUCAAAAGACUAAAACUGUUCAAAAUCGCUGUAAUGCCUGAAGAAAGAGCACAGCAUUCCCUCAAAGUCUACCAAAUAACGCUCCUCUUUCUCACUGUUCUCACGCUUUACCGCAUUAAAUUGACAGGACAGUGGACUGAAAACUGUCUCGACCACAAUUCAUCACAAAAAGGGGAGAGACUCUGAUGAAGCUUUGCAGAUAAACCUAUGUGCCUACAUGGCUCGUACGCUUGUUUGAACUGAAUUUCACCAACUCUCGACAGAAGAGGAUGACAGAGAAUUUGUGAAUGCUUUUUCGAAAUCACAUACUGUUGGGUGAUUUUGAAGGAAGGCCUGUUCAAACUAAGUUGUGAUGCAUGACCGAGCUCUGCUAAU